AUGCCGGCAACAAUAGAAACAACAUUUACCAACAACAACAGCAGCAGAAACAACAAUACCAGCAAAAACAAAGGCAGAAACAACAAUGCCGGCAACAAUAGAAACAACAUUGUCAGAAGCAACAACAGCAGAAACAACUUUGGACAUAACAACAGCUGUGAAAACAACAGCACUGUCAACAACAGCAGAGUAUACAACAGUACUAGCAACAACAGCAACAGAAACAACAAUACCAGCAACAACAGAGUCAGAAACAACAGUGCCCGCAACAACAAAAAAAACAGUAUCAGAAGCAACAACACCAGAAACAACUUUGGAAAAAACAACAACAGUGCUGUCAUCAACAGCAGAGGAUACAACAGUGCCAACAACACCAGCAGCAGAAACAACAAUACCAGCAAAAACAAAGACAGAAACAACAAUGCCAGCAACAAUAGAAACAACAGUAUCAGAAGCAACGACAGCAGUCACAACUUUGGAAAUUACAACAGCUGUAGAAACAACAGCACUGUCAACAACAGCACCAGAAACAACAAUCCCAGCAACAAUAGACACAACAGUAUCAGAAACAACAACAGCAGAAACAACUUUAGAAGUAACAACAGCAGUAGAAACAACAGUACUGUCAACAACAGUAGAGAAUACAACAGUCGUCGCAACAACAUCAACAGAAACAAAAGUACAGUUAACAACAGCAAAGGAUACAACAGUAUUAGCAACAACAGCAGCAGAAACAACAAUACCAGCAACAACAGAGGCAGAAACAACAGUAUUGUCAACAUUAGAAACAACAGUAUCAAAAGAAACAACAGUAGACACAACUUUGGAAAUAAAAAUACCAGCAACAACAGCAUCAGAAACAACUUCAGCAGAAACAACAAUGGCAACACCAACAGCAGAAACAACAGGACCAGCAACAACAGCAGCAGAAACAUUAUCCGAAUCAACAACAGCAGGGACAACAGUACUAGCAACAACAGAAGCAGCUACAACAGCGACAAUAACAACACCAGCAGAAACACCAGUUAUAACUCUAGAAACAACAGUACCAACAACAACAGCAGCAGCAGAGACAACAGUACUAGCAACAACUGCAACAAAAACAACAGAAGCAGCAACAACAAUGGCAGAAACAACAGUGACAAGAACAACACCAGCAGAAACACCAGUUAUAUCACAAGAAACAGCAGUACCAGCAACGUCAGCAGAAACAUCAUUGUCAGCCAAAUCCACAGCAGCAGAUACAGUUGAACUAGCAACAACUGCAGUAAAAACAUUACCACCAACAACAGCAUCAAAAACAACAGAACCAGCAACAUUUUCAACUAAAACAGCUGGAACAAGUGCUGCUAAAACCCUUUAUACAAUCGGCUCAUCUACAGCACCUUCAACAGCCAGAAAAACUACUGAGAUUGCAACUACUAUCAAUGCAUCCACAACUGCAGCAACUCCAAAAUCUACACUUUUACCAACAGGACCCACAGAAACAACCAGUCAAGGUUUCGAAGCCACAACUCGUCUGCGGAUGAGAUUAGCCACUUAUGGAGGGGUCAGCAAUGAUACCGUCAUCGAACUUAUUAAGAAGUUUUUCCAAGAACAGAUCCUGAAUGGAACAACAAGCACAGUCACAGUAACAAACAUCCAUAGGGUCCCUAAUCCAUGAGGACUAUGUGUCCAAGCACAAAUUCCCUUUUUACCUAUAAUGUGAGGAAGCGCUAGUAACAUUUAUUACGGGACAGUAAUUCAUCUUAAAGAUUUUGUUUUUAAAUUUUGUUAAUAAAAAAUAUUUGAUUGUCUUUAAACAUGUUACCCUGUUGGGGUUGGAAAGAAAUGUUAAACUUUAAAAUUUUGUUGAUUUUACUCCGUUAUAAGAAUUUAUAACACAAUAAAUGAAUCUCAAAUUAAGCCAUCUUCUCAUCAGGUAUGUUUUUGAUUAUGAAUGAUUCAUUGAAGAUCAACAAGGAAGUUGGCAGCAAUAACUUGGAAUUUGAAUGACUAUUACUUAUUGAAGGAGAAUAAUAAUAGAGCAUUUUGAUGACAACUAACUAGUUAUGUCCAUAAAUGUUUGUUUUUUUCACUUUAAAUCCAGAAUGUGUUUUAUGUAACAUAUUCCUAAAAGUGGUACAUUGACUUAUAGUAGGGAAUGCACUAAAGUCCCAGACCUUGUAUCUGCAUAUUAGCGUGCACAAAAAGGCAUUAUUGAAAAAAAGAAUACAUAUUUUUACUCAUCAGUUAUUACAUCAUCAUUUAAGCUUUGUAACUAUUUUAGUAGCAGAAUGUGUGCUUACAUUAAAGAUGGAUUUAUUUACUGUUAAUAUUAUUAUUUAAUGUGUUUGAAUGUAAUCAGUUGUUGCUUCUCACCACAAAAAAAGUGUUGUUAAUGUUGUUUGUGAAUGAUGACAGCUAAAAUUUAACAACUUUUGGAAAUAUUUUAAAUGUUUUCUGGAAAAAUGUUUUUUUAAUGCAAAUUAUAUUUAAUGCUUUUAAUCAUAAAUGAAAAAUAAAUAAAAGUGAUAGUAUUACAGCAUGUUUUUAUGUUGUUAAUUAUGAGAAUGCAAACGAAUUGCAGAUACAGGGAAUUUUGUUUACCGGUAAAUUGAAUGAAGCAAACAUUUGAAACUCAAACAGCAGAAUGUAAGCAGACAGGAAACAAAAAAAAAAACUGCAACCACAAAAGGUCAUUUUUAAAGAAAUGCACAGCAGCUUACAUUCCUUACCACUGAUGCCCUUCGGUCAUGCUUCUUUUUUUCCUACUUUUAUGUUCUGUUUUCUUUUUUCCUUUAUCACCAUCACAUCAACUUUCCCUUUUGAUCAUUCACAAGUUUUUGUUAAAAGUAAUCAGUCCGCCUUAUAUUUAAGUUUACACCUUUUAUUAAGUUAGUAUCAAGAUAUCUAGUUCACCCCCUCCUCUGUUCUUUUUCAUAACUCUUAUAUCAGUUUUUAGCUAUGUCAUGCUAUAAUUAUUGUAUAAUACAAUUGAUGGCACAGUGCCAGUAUUCUGCAUUACUUACUUACUUACAUUCAUAUUACUGUCAAUAGGUUGGAGCUGCACAAACAAAAAAUCUUCAUAAUUAACACAUCAAAGAGUUCAAAAUGAUAUUAAACAUUGAAAGGUUUGCAACAACAACACAAGAAACAUUAGACUCCUAUAAAAAGCUGAGCGCACAUAUACACACACGGGCCGCUUUAUUAGGCACACCUGUCCAGCUUCUACUUAGAACCAGAUUCUAAAUAGCCAAUUACAUGGCAUCAAUUCAAUGCAUUCAGGCAUGUAGACAUGGUCAAGAUGAUCUGCUGCAGAUCAAACCGAGCAUCAGAAUGGGGAAGAAAUGUGAUUUAAGUGACUUUAAACAUGGUAUGAUUGUUGGUGCCAGACUGGCUGGUCUGAGUUUUUUAGAAAUUGCUGACAUACUGGGAUUUUAUCUCAUAUCUGGGGUUUACAGAGAAUGGUCUGAAAAAGAGAAAGUAUCCAGUGAGUGGCAGUUCUGUGGGCGGAAAUACCUUGUUGAUGCCAGAGUUCAUAGGAGAAUGGCCAGACUGUUUCCAGCUUAAUGAAAGGAAACAGUAACUCAAAUGACCACUGGUUACAACCAAGGUCUGCAGAAGAUCGUCUCUGAAUGUGCAACACAACAAACCUUGAUACAGAUGGGCUACAGCAGCAGAAGACCACACUGGGUCCCACCGCAGCCAACAAAUCUGCAGCAACUGCAUGAUGCCAUCAUGUCAAUAUGAACCAAAAGGAAUGUUUCCAGUUGUUUAGUUUUGUCCUACAUUAAUAAUAAAAGUUUCACCUAAUCAUUGUCAACUGUUUUUCUUAACUGAGGAAAAAGGACAGAAAUGUAAAACGUAAACAUUAUCAAGUUGUGCUGAAUCCUGUGUAAAUAAAACUUUUAAUUUGUAUAUUGA